CCCACCCGCGACAUUAUAAAACAUCUAUUGUGCAACACGGUCCUUUGGUCAUUUAGAAGUCAUUGAAUCUUUGGGGUAUAAACGUGACCUAAUUCGCAUAUCACGUACAUCAGCUCAUCGUCGUAAUAAACCUUAUAUGACACGUUUUAAUGACUCCUGCUAUACAGGGCAACUUGUUAAAAUAAGUAGUCUGCUAGUUAGAUAUUGGAUGAAAUGUCUAACCCAGGUCUAGAGUAUGUCGUCACUUUGACGUGAGCUGUAUCCUUUCUAGCCAUCACCAUUUCCCUCCUGGAUUCUUAUUUUUUCUCCCUUUUUGAGAGAUCUCAUUUUAUACCCCUGCACACGGGAUCACGGAUUCCAACAUGCCUUCUACACCGGAGGACGUGUUUAAAGCCCCAGUGGAUGACAGUCACACAGCGUGUCUCUGUCUCUGGAAGAACCAGCAGACUUCCAAUCUGACUGCUGGGUCCAGGCCCUGCAGAAGGCACCUGCUGCCUGAGGGAGAGGAGGACCUCAUAGAAUCCCUGCAGUUCUCUAUCUCUGAAGAGGAGGUUCCACCUGAGCAGCAGCAGGAGUGGAGCCCCAGUCUGGAGGAGGAGGACCCAGAACCCACACACAUUAAAGAGGAACAGGAGGAACUCUGGACAAAUCAGGAGGAAGAGCAACUUCCAGGGCCCUUUGAUAGCAAGGACUCCAUAUUUUCUCCUCCGUGUGUGAAAAGUGAAUGUGAUCAGUGGGACCCACUUCACAAAGCCAUACUAACUGAAUUUCCUAGUCUCAGUCAGUCCAAAACAUCUAAAUUAAAGACAUUUCAUGUGUUUUUAAAAGAGCUUGUAGCACCAACUGCCGCUGUGAAGAUUUUUGGGGCAGUUGAGAAAAUGGUUUCGGAGUUCCAGGAGGAAAAUGACCGGCUACGAAGACUCCUGCAGUUCACCCCGAAGAUAGAAUUAUGUAGAAUGGACUCCCUGCCCUUCUCUCUCUCCGAAGAGGAGGUUCCCUCUGAGCAGCAGCAGGAGAGGAGCCCCAGUCUGGGGGAGGACGAUCCAGAACCCACACAGAUUAAAGAUGAACAGGAGGAACUCAGGACCAAUCAGGAGGAAGAGCAGGAUCGAGCAGUGGAGCCUGAUAUCAUAGAAUUCAUAAUCCCUCCUUCCUGUGUGAAAAGUGAAUGUGAUCAGGAUGAUCCACUCUGCUCUCUUCCCCAAGCCCAGACUGUGGAGAACAGAGAGAGGGAAUGUAAACCAGGGGAUCAUAAAACGUAUUAUAUGACCCACCUAAAUUGUCUGGACUUUCCUUGUGAGCUUCCAAAUAAUGAAACCAAUGCCUCCAGCCAGAGCGCAGUCAUAAGCAGAGACCCAAUGGAACUUGACCACCACCCACCAUGCAGUCACAGACAGAACCUGAACAGGCAUAAACUGGUUCUUACAGGAGAUCAACUAUUUAACUGUGGUGACUGUGGGAAGAACUUCAAUCGCAGAUAUACCCUAAAGCGGCAUAAACUGACUCACACAGGUGAGAAACAAUUUAGCUGUGGUGUCUGUAGGAAAAGAUUCAGUGAGAAGGGGACCUUAACAAAGCAUGAACUUACUCACACAGUAGAGAAACCAUUUAGCUGUGGUGACUGUGGGAAAAGCUUCAAUGAGAAGGGGACCUUAACAAAGCAUAAACUGACUCACACAAGAGAGAAAUUAUAUAGUUGUGAUGACUGUGGAAAAAGCUUCAGUGAGAAGGGGACAUUAACAAAGCAUAAACUGACUCACACAAGAGUGAAAUUAUAUAGUUGUGGUGACUGCGGGAAAAGCUUUAGUCAAAAGGGGACCCUAACACAGUAUGAACUGACUGACACAGGAGAGAAACACUUUAGCUGUGGUGACUGUGGGAAAAGCUUCAGUAAACGACGGAAUCUAAAGCAGCAUAAACUGACUCACACAGGAGAGAAACCAUUUAGUUGUACUGACUGUGGCAAAAGCUUCAGUCAGAGGGGGACCCUAACAAAGCAUAAACUGACUCACACAGGAGAGAAAACAUUUAGCUGUGGUGACUGCGGCAAAAGCUUUAUGUACAGACAUCACCUAAAGCAGCAUGAACUAACACACACAGGAGAGAAACCAUUUCGCUGUGCUGACUGUGGCAAAAGCUAUAUGUACAGACAACACCUAAAGCAGCAUAAACUGACUCACAAAGGAGAGAUCCAGAGAAACAAUUUUGCUGUGAAUGGGAGAAAUCGUCUUGAACUCGUUUGAGGAGUACCCUGAAGACUGAGUGCUGAGGAGUACCCUGGAGUCAACACUAGAGGGUGCUCAUAGAUUGGCUUUACAGAUGGACAAUCAGAGAGACAGAACAGGACCAUCAGCCAAUUGAAUAUAAUACCCAGAUUUUGGCCCUGAUAUAUUGUUUUUCUCUGAAGGAGAGGAACUGGAUGGACAUUGGGUUGAUAUAUUAUAAAACCUACGUCCAGCUUGCUCUGUUACUGCUGCUCUCUGAUUACCAGUCACAGGAAACCUGUUGUUAGGGGAAGUUUAAAGUUCACCUUUGGGGUGAUGUACAAUAAGAUGUCUACAUUACAGCACCUUCACAGCAGACAUAGUUGUUUAUUAAAUGUACAUAGGCCAUUCGGCUUGAUAAUAGUUUGUUAAUUUACCUGGGCCAAGACUGCCACAGUGGCAGAAGUGUUACACACAGACCUGCAAUGUUGCUUUCAUUCUUAAUGAACUCCACAUUAUUCCCUUGUAACCAUAUUCCACUCUGUGGAUUCAUCAGUGUUACUUUCUGUAUUACUUUAAUUCAUUCUAGUAAUGGGUCAUACAUGUAUGUUCCCCGGAAGAAUAUCUAUGUGAAUAAAUGUCAUCGUGCUC